UGUUUGUUCUAAUGGAAACUGUUCAAUAACAUGCACAGGCGGCUAUCUUGAUUGUGACAAAACACCCACAGAUGGUUGUGAAGUAAAUCCAAAUACAGACACAUCAAACUGUGGUAAAUGUGGUAAUAUAUGCCCACAUGGACCUUAUUCGACGGCUGUUUGUUCUAAUGGAAAGUGUUCAAUAAUAUGCAGUGACGGUUAUCUGGACUGUAAUGGUAAUGCCACAGAUGGUUGCGAAGAAACGCAGACGAGUGAUCCGAAGUGCAAUCGAAAAGCGUGUGGUGUAAUAGCGACUGGUGCGAAUUGUGGCCAAGUACGUGGUAUUCCUCCAAUAACGCCGAUCACCGCUCCGAAAACCCCGCUUAUUGCUCCGAAAACCUCAGUUAUUGCUCCGAAAACCCCGAUUAUUCCUGCAAAAGCCCCGGCUAUUGUUCGAAAAGCCUCCGUUAUUGCUUCGAAAACGCCUGAUAGUUAUCCACAAAAGGCGAGUGCUGCUUAG